UCCACCUGAGUACAUAUGAGUGCACCCUCACCCCCUGCUACCCCUUAUUCGUGGAAUCCAACAAUGCACCAUGUCAUUACUUAGCUGUAGGGGGAAGGAAGCCACAUUGGGAGGCAUGUCGAUCCCACAUCUCGGCCUUAACUAGGCUAGGGCUGCCAGGAGAGAGUGCGAGAUAGAGAGCGACCUGGAGUUUUACUGGAGUUUUCUAUUCACUAUAAACAUUUUCUCCAUGCGCCUUUUUAAUACAGUAGGUGUGCAAGUUAUACUUUUGACCAUUUUGCAACCAUCUCCAACUUUACCAUCUGCUUCUGGCAUACUCAAUGAAGUCUUGGAUUUUCCUUUCCUCAGAAGAUGCCAACACUGCCGCAGUUUCUUGAAUCGAAUUCCUUCUUUACUGAAAGGUUUUGUUUUCAGUCUCUUUCACUUUUACUGUUGAUAUCCUCCUGAAAAGCUGAAAACGGUUGUGGGGACUUGUAUGGGCCUUGGUUGCAGCCUCCACAGCUAGCACCUCUGGGGACGGAGGAAGCUCUCCCACACUGCGGAGAGAGGUCAACGCUUGCUCUGCCCUCCUCACUCGUUCCUCAUUCCCUUCUCUUUCUCACAUUGCUGAAGGUUACUGGAACAUGGAGGAUUUCCCCUUUCUGUAGAGACAGAUAGAAAGACAGAGAGGGACUGUGAGAGACUUUGUUUUAAGAGCUGACAUUUUUAUCCUUCAAGGACUUUCUCCAGCAGUUCUAUUUAAGAAUCCGUCUCUGGAGUUUGUACAACAGAAGAGACAACCUCAAAAUGGAAUGCUAAUAAAGCUAUUCAAGAAGGCUAUCUGGAGCACUGACUGAAGACCGCUGGUCUUGUUGAGACUUGCGUAGCCUACAGCACUUGGGACUCCUUUAUUUUCUGCUUCUCCCCAGCCUCUCCCCUUCUCAUGACCUACAGUUACCCCAGUAUCCUGGUGCGUCAGAAGGGCUUGCGUCCUUUCUUCCCCUCCACCUGGCUCUCCCUGCCCAAAGGGCAGCACACCUGUGAUCGGGGGGCUGGUCCGGGGACACCCACCUACCCACCGCUCCCUGGGUCUUCCCAGGCAGUAGCAGCAUGUGGUGGCUACAGCCCUGGCAGGAGAGCCCUUCGGAGAGGAUGAGCUCCAUCUGAGCUCCACCUCGUCUCACAGCUGUUGUGGGUGUGUGGAGCCUCUCUUUUUGUUGUCAGCCCAGCAAGUCAUACUGUAGCAGCCAGAAGCUUUGACCCACAAUGAACAAAGAUCACCGAUUUCCAAGGAAAGGGAGCCUGUUUGGCUGUGGCCCAAGCAGCCACGGUCGGAGACACUCCUGCUAUGGCUUUGAUGUGGAGAAUGGGCUGUCGGUGGGGCGCAGUCCCCUGGACCCCCAGGUUAGCCCCAUCUCUGGCCUGGUCCUACAGGCCAACUACCCCCACAGCCAGCGCCGCGAGUCCUUCCUAUAUCGCUCCGACUCAGAUUUCGACCUCUCGCCCAAAGCCAUGUCCCGCAACUCCUCCACGGCCAGUGAGCUGGAAGAGGGCUUGAAGCACUGGGAAGUCAGUUGGCUGCCGCGACAUGGAGAAGACAUGAUUGUGACACCAUUUGCACAGGUGCUUGCCAGUCUCCGAACAGUCAGAAGCAAUUUUGCCUACAUAACUAAUCUGCAAGAUCGGCCCAACAGGCGGCCAUCAGGCAGCAACCCUCCCUCCAUACCUACCCACACCAAGUCAAGCAUAACAGACGAGCCCUACCAGAAGCUGGCCAUGGAGACGCUGGAGGAGCUGGACUGGUGUCUGGACCAGCUGGAGACCCUGCAGACCCGUCACUCAGUCAGUGAGAUGGCUUCCAACAAGUUCAAAAGGAUGUUGAACAGAGAGCUCACCCAGUUGUCAGAAACCAGCCGGUCAGGAAACCAAGUCUCAGAGUUUAUCGCCAACACUUUCCUAGAAAAGCAGCAUGAUGUGGAGAUUAUGUCUGGGCCUCCUAAGGAGAAAGACAAGAAGAAGAAGAGGCCCAUGUCCCAGAUCGUUGCAGUGAAGAAGCCUGCCCUCAGCCCCAGCCUCACCCCCACCCAGAUCCCCCGUUUCGGGGUCACCACCCUCCAGGAGGGCUUAUUGGCCACGGAAUUUGAGGAGAUCAACAGAUGGGGUCUAGAUAUUUUCAAGAUCGCUGAAUACUCGGGGAAUCGGCCUUUGACAGUGGUCAUGUACUCCAUUUUCCAGGAGCGAGAGCUGCUGAAAAACUUUAAGAUCCCAGCCGACACCUUCAUCACCUUCAUGAUGACCCUGGAGGACCACUACCACGCCGACGUGGCCUACCACAACAACAUCCACGCUGCCGACGUGGUACAGUCCACCCACGUUCUCCUCUCCACCCCUGCCCUGGAGGCUGUCUUCACUGACCUGGAGAUCAUGGCUGCUCUGUUUAGCAGUGCAAUACACGAUGUAGAUCACCCCGGAGUGUCCAACCAGUUCCUCAUCAACACAAAUUCUGAGCUGGCUCUGAUGUACAACGACGCUUCUGUCCUGGAGAACCACCACCUGGCUGUGGGCUUCAAGCUGCUACAGGAGGACAACUGUGACAUCUUCCAGAGCCUCAGCAAGAAACAGGGGCAGUCCCUCAGGAAGAUGGUAAUCGACAUGGUGUUGGCCACUGACAUGUCCAAGCAUAUGAACUUCCUGGCUGACUUGAAGACCAUGGUGGAGACCAAGAAGGUGACCAGUCUUGGAGUGCUGCUGCUGGACAACUACUCAGACCGCAUCCAGGUCCUUCAGAACAUGGUUCACUGUGCUGACCUCAGUAACCCCACCAAGCCCCUGGAGGUCUACCGUAAGUGGACCGACCGCAUCAUGGUGGAGUUCUUCACCCAGGGGGACAGGGAGAGGGACAAGGGAAUUGAGAUCAGCCCUAUGUGUGACAAACAUAAUGCCUCCAUCGAGAAGACCCAGGUGGGAUUCAUAGACUACAUCGUCCACCCUCUGUGGGAGACGUGGGCUGACCUGGUCCACCCUGACGCCCAGGACAUCCUGGAUACCCUGGAGGACAACCGGGAGUGGUACCAAAGUAUGAUCCAGCGCAGCCCCUCACCCACCCUUGAGGACAGGGAUCUUGACGGGGGGCCAGGAGCCCUGGAAGCCACACCGGGGGGAUGCUGCGCCUCCGCAGGGGACAAGUUCCAGUUUGAACUCACCCUGGAGGAGGAGGAGGAGGAGGGUGACUCAGACCUGGAGAGCCCCCCCGAGGAGGAGACGUCACAGGGGGGAGAGACCUCUAGGAAGACCCCGGCCCUGUCUCUAUCCCCAGAGCCCAGCAGCAGAUACCGGCCCCCCUCCCCCCACCCUGGCCGGGCCCUCAGUCUGGCCACCAUGUCGGUUAGGAGCCCCGACCUCCUCAGAACGUUGGGCCCCGGGGUGGGCGUGGACGACAUAGGCGAUAGGGACAGAGAACUGGGCCAGGAAGGCAGUAGUGUAGCUUACCUACGGCUUGGCACGUAACACAAACCUUGGCCCUCCCUUCAACUUAUUCCAUCCCUGCCUUGGUUUGUGGGUCCCAGCAGCAAUUGGACAUGCAGGGUGGGAUUUCUAUCAAGUCUGUAAUGACAACAGUUCCUUUACACUGGAGACACCUUAACACUUUUAAUAUUGUAGAACAAGAAGUAUCGUUUUAUUCUCUAUUUUCUUCUGUGUGCGAGAUAGGACUUUUUAGUCCUACAUUCUGUAGUUGAUUCUGGGCGGAAAGUGUCUUAGACUCGAAGGUAGAGAACUGACCACAAGCUAACCAGUCUCACCAAUGUCUCCUGAUCGAAGCAAGGAAUUAUACUGAGAAAACAAUGUCUUCCUCAAAAUGAUGGAAUAUAGAUAUUCAAUGGAAUAUUGCAAGGAUUGUAAUCAUUUUACAGGGUCUUGAAACUUUUGCACCACACAUUUUGAAUUCAGUCAGCAUAAACUAGUAUAUUUUAUUUAGUUUUUCUCUGAGAAUUAUGUGAAUGUUUUACCAAAUCCAGUAUGUACCUGAAUAGUGAGAGAAUUGUAACUUAAACCUCAGGGUAUGACGAGAUAUAAAUUAUUUUAAUGUAGCAUGGACGUCUUGGGUACCCCUUAACGGAGACUGCCUGUUUAGAGUUGUGUUACUGAUGACAAACAGCUCUUAGAACCUUACCGCUUCAAGUUAUGCAAAAAUACAUAUUUGUCUGGCGACCUCUAUUGAUCUCAAUUGAAAAGUUCAUGAAUGAAUUUGAGAACUAAAGCAAUUUAAAUAUAAAAUAUGAAACGAACAGUACCAGUAAAUUGUAUUUCAAAAUCCCGAAGUACUAUGGUUGAUUGGGGUACCCAAUACAAGUUGUUUUAAAUCUAGACUAACACCGCUUACACUCAUGUUUGUAAAGUUGUAUGUUUCUAUGUGAUUAUUUUUUACGUUGUCACAUUUUCUAUUUGAUUUGAAAUGGUUCCGUUUUGUUAUAUAUAUUGGGUAUGUCCUCACCAUGGGUGUAUUCAUUUCACCGAUUCUGUUGCAAACCGGAAAACUGGUUUCUACUGGAAAAAUUCAGGUAGGUCUGUCCCCGUUUCGUUCCAUUUGCCCGGUUUGCUUUGGUAAACGAUUUCCGUUGCAAGACGUAACGAACACACCCCAGGUCUGUUUGCCUCUGAGCUUUGUAAGCAUCAUUAUCAGGGUGUCUCCAUCAUAGAGUAGCACUUUACAAUUUUUGUUGUAGAGGAAGCCCAUUCAGUUCUAAAGAACUUGAGCCAAACCAUGAUUUUAGUGGACAGCCAUGGAAGGCUGUAGUUCCUGUCCAGAAACAACCCCUAGGCCUAACGCCUAGAGCUGAGAGGAAUGGAUAGGUGUAAGCAAUAGGGAGAAAAUUCAACCUAGCAGAGAGUGAGGUGGAGACAUUGUCAUGUAGCUUAAAGGGGCAUGCAGUCAAAAACGUGAUAUCCUGUGUUUUAUAUAUACAUUUCAACACUGAGGUUGGAAUAAUACUGUGAAAUUGUGACAAUUAUGAUAAUGCACUUUAACAGCUAGUUCAGGUUACACAUCCCUCCCAUUAGGCUCCUCGGACCACUCUGACAGUCCUAGCUAAAUUCUUGCUGGAGAAAUGGUAUUUUGCUAAGCCACUUGUGUCUUUUUGAGAAUUUUAAUUGAAAAUGAUCUUAAUUGUUACCCAGAAAUAAUUUGAUAUUGAGAUAAAAACGGCUGCAUUGAACCUUUUUUAAACCUAUAAAAUCCUGUCAGAUCUCCAGAAGUGUGGAAGGGUUAGUGGUUGUUUCUGAACAGGGCCACAGUGUGGACUAAUUAGGGCUUAUUCAGUAAAGUUGCAGAUAGAAAUGUAAUGAACAGCGUUGAUAUUAUUCCCUGUAGUACACAACAGAAAACCAUGUCUGGUUUACACAAUACUGUACAUUCUGUAUUGACAUUGGAUACUUUUUUAUUCGCCUGAAUAAGCCCUUAAUGUCUUGUUUAAUUUGUUCUUGAAGGAAACUAGUUUAUAGGGAAAAUCUUUGGAAUUUGCGCAAAAUUUGCCAACCUAAGUCGUUAUGAAAUGUUGAACAAAGUUCUCUCUGAACUGUUGAUUGUAAUCAUGUCAAAGUUUGACUUUAAAAUGUGUUGAGUUUCAGCAAUUAUCAGUUAGAAUUAUGAUAUAAUUUUAAUGGAAAUUGUAAUACCUUGACUUUAUAUGUUUGAUGUAAUGCUUCGAUGUAGAGCUCUAUUCAAUCCGUAUCGCAGAAGUUCAGCGUUACAGCGUGAUUGGCAUUUAAAGGCAAUGUUCCUGUAUAACUGAGACUGCACAGUAAACGCUGCAUAUGUCGGCUCGAUCAGAAGUUACCAUCAUAUCGCGUAAUCUGUAACGCUUCAGAGAUACAGAUUGAACAGGGCCCUUAUGCUCUGCUCUUCACAGGGCUAUAGCUUUUACCUACAGUAUGUGAAUGUCAAUUGACCACAAACAUCAAUUUUCAAAGUUAAUUUCUAUUAUUGCGUUCGCUGAUUGCACCCUAAUUUUUAAGUUAAACCAAUACUGUACAACUUAACUAGCCCCUGCCAAAUAUAAGUACACUGAACAUUUAUUCCCCCCCAUACGCUCAAAAGGCUUCUCAAAUGUCUUAUUUCUCCUUUGCCAAGAUAAUCCUGACAGGUGAGGCAUAUCAAGAAGCUGAUUAAAUGGCAGGAUCAUUUAUUGUGCUGGGCACAAAGGCCACUCUAAAAUGUGCAGUUUUCUCACAACACAAUGUCACACAAGUUUAGAGUGAGCGUGCAAUUGGCAUGCUGACUGCAGUAACGUCCAACAGAGCUGUUGCCAGAGAAUUGAAUGUUAAUUUCUCUACCAUAAGCCACCACCAACAUCAUUUUAGAGAAUUUGGCAGUAUGUCCAACGGGCCUCACAACCGUAGAACACGUGUAACUACGCCAGCCCAGGACCGCCACAUCCAGCUUCUACACCUGUAGGAUCGUCUCAGACCAGCUACGCGGACAGCUGAUGCCACUGGCACGCUGGAGAAGUGUGCUCUUCACAGAUAAAUCCCAGUUUCAACUUUAUCGGGCAGAUGGUGUUGUGUGGGUGAGCGAUUUGCAGAUGUCAACGUUGUGAACAAAGUG